AACCAUCAAACGGCUCUAACACCAGGCAGAAGUUUGAAAAUCUAUUUGAAUUUCCUCACAUUUCCCCAUCUACAGAGUUUAUAGAUAAUGGUCCAAAAAAGGGAGUAUCCAGUUCUCUGGCUCUCUUCUUCUCUACCCUGUUGAUAUCAGAAGAAAAGUGAAAACACAUCAUCUCUGAAUGCACAUAAACAUAAAACCUUGAAAUUUGGGCAACAGAAGACUAGAAAAAUAUUGCCUGACCUGAUGAAUCGCGUUUUCUGCUUAGACAUUUACUGGUAUUAAGCUCAGAUUUAGCUUUGCAGAGUCAAAAGACCCAAAUGGAUUUUGGCUUUGAGGACCUACCAUCAAAUUUUCAGUACACUCCCAAGGAAGGGUGUGAAGUCUCACGGAUGACAGAAGACACAGACUGUGAUUCAUCAAGGGGGGAAUCUUCAAGUGUGAGCGUGACUGAGAUUCAAGAGCAACAUAGCAGCUCAAGGACAGAUGAUAUCAGCAGAAAGGCGCAGGAAUCGGUGGAAAAGAUUAACCAAAGCCGCAUCAGUAACCAGAAAAUGAUAGACAGCUUUCAGGAGAAGUUGGUAGAAAAGGUGACAGAGUUGUGCAUGGAGAUGAAGGAGCACAUGUACAGGGUCUACGAAGAGAACAGUGACAAGAUGCAGGUGAAUCUGCAGGAGCUGCAGGAGGUGCUGGAGAGCUGCACAAAGUUCAGUCAUGAGCUGCUGGAAGCCAACAGAGCCCUGGCAUGUCUCCGUGAAGGAGACAUGCCAGUGAAGGAGUGAAGGAGACAUGCCAUGAGAUUAUAAUUUCUAUCUGAAGUUAAUCGUAUUGUGAACUCAUUAAGUUAUUCAGUAUUAGUAAAUAUAUUCAGUGUAAUGUUCAGUGUUUUGCUUCCUCUUUCUUUUGGUUGCUUAUAGGACAAUAGUUCUACUUAACAUUGAUGGCUUCAGUCCAAGAAUAGAAAAGUUGAAAAGUUUUCUCUCUCUUUUGUUUUAACACCAGUUGAUUUAGUAAAUAAAAUGACAACAAACGAGCAAAAUAUUCUAAAUUACUUGUGAUUUACCAUUUAUGUAUUGUUAUAAACUGUUGUCUUUACAGUGAUCCCAGUGUGGGAUCCUUUAGAUUGAAAUCAACCAAUGUGACAUGAAAACAUUUGAGAAUUCAAGACACGUUAUUUAGGGUCUUCAAUUAAAACAUCUUCCUGUUUA